AUGAACGGUUUUCGUUAUCAAAAAUGGGAUCCAUUGUUGAUCGUUAGUCAGAUUGUUGCUGUACAAACACUAUACUAUCUAGGACUUGGCUUUUGGGUGUUACUCAUUACCAUUACUAUUGAUCGAGCACCAUCUCUUGAUUAUCUCUUCUCUUAUGAAAUAUUUAAUAUAACCAAUUGGAGUAGUCGAUUGUUUACUGGCGUAUUUUUGCUCAAUGCUUUAACAAGUGCUUUAGCAAUUCUUUAUACAGUUGGCCGUUAUAAACAGUGUUUGGACUUUUCGGUAACGAUUCACUUUUAUCAUUUUAUAGCCUGUUGGAUUUAUAAUUCUCAAUGUCCUCGUAUGUUUUCUUGGUAUAUUACACAAUUUUUCUCGAUUGUUAUUAUGACAAUACUAUCUGAACAUCUAUCAAAAAAAUACGAACUUCGAACUAUACCAAUUGCUUCACGCGUUGAUCUUUAA